AUGUCUGUGCGUCGGAAACAGGACGCCACGCUGCGCCUGGCGCUUGAUGCGGGCCCUGUCCCCUCGCAGAUGCUGAACUGCUGCAUUCAGAAGCGGGCGCAGGGCAUGAAGACCGCCCAGGAUGCUCUGGACAGCGGCGACGCCAGAGCGGAGGCCGACGAGGAGGAGGAGGAGUUCUUCGACGCGGCGGAGGAUAGCGCCAGUGAGCCGGACUCGAGUCGACAGCGGCGGGCGCCCUGGAACCAGCCCGAGGGCCGUUUGAAACCGUGCGGCGCGCUCCGCCUGCUCGAGACCGGCGAGCGCAUGUACAUCCCGGUGACGCAGGACGUGGCGCCGGUGACGGAGGACCGGCAGCAGGAGCAGUCGGAGGUGCUGGUCAGCCUGGGCACCGACGCCGAGGGUGCGCAGCUGCGGGCGCGCAUGAUGGGCGCGUCGCUCACCUCCGACAUGGAGUCUUUCAAGGCCGCCAACCCGGGCAGCACGCUGGCCGACUUCGUGCGCUGGUACUCGCCCAGCGACUGGGUGCAGGAUGAGACGGACCCGUCGGGCCAGACAGGCUACGAUCUCGUGUGGAAAGUGUGA